AUGGACUCUAUCAAUAUUAGAGGAACUUUCAGCUCAUCUCUCCGAAACCGUUCUAUCUGGAAGGUCAUUGGGCCAAUUCUUACGAUGUCACCAGAGCAAUUCCAAGAGAGCGGUUCACAGAUCCCGGACUUCAUCUUUCAACAGCAAGGAUGUUCACCUUUGCACGCCCUCCUCCUUACAACCACCUCCAUCGAGCUGCAGAAGCAAGACAUCAUCUCCCAAGUUGAGCAAUUUGCUUCUAAUCAAUUACCAUGCGCGAAAAAAGUCAUCGCAUUUCUGCUCUCAGAGAAUGCAUUUAGCAGUGCAAGUGGCAAGUAUGGCCUUGAUGGACUCCUCGCGGUUCAAGUGCUUAUCUUGGAGAAUUUAUCCAGUUCGAUGCCAGUGAUUCCCAUUCCUAAUGCUUCUUCUCUCGUCUCCUGUAUUCAAAAAUACAUGGCCAACCUCGAGGAUAUACCUGCGACCCUUCCGUCCUUGGGAGAUUCCAUUGCGUUGCUGGCUCAUGUUACGUCACAUUCCCACCCCCUUUCAGGCCAGAACGUGAAUAUCCUGAGUGAUUUGUAUCCGUCUUUCCGGGCAUUGAGUCGAGCUGUUCGGACAGAGGAAGGACGGAAAACUCUCGUGGAUUACUUGGGAGAGGAAGAGGCGACGAAAAUUAUAAAAUUCUGGCAAGAGGAUAUGUCGCUCGAAUAA